CGACCAGAGCUGCGCUGAGUGUUCAGGGGCCAAGAUGGCGGCGCGCCGGGGACGGAGAGACGGAGUCGCGCCGUCACCAAGUGGGGGCCCCGGACCCGACCCCGGGGGUGGAGUGCGCGGCAGCAGUUGGGGGAGUCGAAGCCAAGCGCCGUAUGGGACUGUGGGCGCUGUGAGUGGUGGGGAGCAGGUGCUGCUGCAUGAAGAAGGGGACGAUUCUGGUUUUGUCAGUCUGUCUCGGCUUGGCCCCUGUCUGCGGGACAAGGACCUGGAGAUGGAGGAGCUGAUACUGCAGGAUGAGACACUGCUGGGGACCAUGCAGAGCUACAUGGAUGCCUCCCUCAUCUCACUCAUUGAAGAUUUUGGGAGCCUUGGGGAGAGCAGGUUAUCUCUGGAGGACCAGAAUGAAGUGUCACUGCUCACAGCUCUGACAGAGAUCUUGGACAAUGCAGAUUCCGAGAACCUGUCUCCGUUUGACAGCAUUCCUGACUCAGAACUGCUUGUGUCACCUCGGGAGGGCUCCUCUCUGCACAAGCUGCUCACCCUCUCCCGGACACCUCCAGAACGUGACCUCAUCACCCCAGUUGACCCACUGGGGCCCAGCACAGGCAGUAAUAGAGUGAGCGGGGUUGAGAUGUCCCUCUCAGAUCCCCCUUGGGACUUCUCCCCACCCUCCUUCUUAGAGACUUCCUUCCCUAAGCUUCCUAGCUGGAGACCCUCAAGAUCAAGAGCCCGCUGGGGCCAAUCCCCUCCUCCCCAGCAGCGUAGCGAUGGGGAAGAAGAGGAGGAGGUGGCCAGCUUUAGUGGCCAGAUGCUUGCUGGGGAGCUCGACAACUCUGUGAGCAGUAUUCCAGACUUCCCUAUGCACCUGGCCUGCCCGGAGGAGGAAGAUAAAACAGCAGCAGCAGAGAUGGCAGUGCAGGCAGCUGGCGACGAGAGCAUCUCCUCCUUGAGUGAGCUGGUGCGGGCCAUGCAUCCAUACUGCUUGCCCAACCUCACCCACCUGACAUCACUCGAGGAUGAGCUUCAGGAGCAGCCGGAUGAUUUGACACUGCCUGAGGACUGUGUGGUGCUAGAGAUUGUGGGCCAGGCAGCCACAGCUGGCAAUGACCUGGAGAUCCCAGUUGUGGUACGGAAGAUUCCUACUGGACCCCAGCCUGUGCUUCUGGAUGACUCACUAGAGGCCAGUCCAGCUUUGAAGCUACUCAUGCCUACACUAGAGUCAGAGACAGAGGCUGCUGUGCCCAAGGAAAACCUCUGCCCUCAGAAAGAGGGGUUGUCAGAGGAAAAGCUGGAGUCAGUCUGCUUGUUAGAGCCCAAGGAGGUCAUGGAACCAAUGAUGCCCAAGGAGUCUCAGAACCCACCAGCCAACACAAUGCUGAGUUCCCAGAGAGCUCGAAAGGGCAGGAGGAAGAAGAGCAAAGAGCAGCCAGCAGCCUGUACAGAAGGCUAUGCCAGGAGGCUGAGGUCAUCUUCUCGUGGGCAAUCUACUGUGGCCACAGAGAUAACUUCACAGGCAGGAAAUUUGCCUCAGGAGGAACUUAAAAGAGAGGUCGCACCUCCCCGUAGUAGAGGGAAGCCCCGGGCUUGGGCUCGGGCCUGGGCAGCUGCCUUGGAGAAACCUAGCUCUGGGAACUUGGAGAGUAGUGCUGGACAAGCUAGUGCUGCUAAAGAAGAUCCUCUAGACCUUUAUUCCAACCUGGUAGACAGCAUCCACGCUAACCCUGUUCCAACUCCUCUCUCACUGGUUGAUUCUGCUCCAGCUGACCCCAUGCCACUUGACUCUGUUGAAACUGAUCCCACUGCAGUUAACCCUGUUCAAGCUGACCCUGUACCUGUUGAUCCUGCAUUGGUUGACUUUGCUUCAGCCAACUCAGAGCUGGUUGACCCUCUCCCAGCUGACCCAGUCCUGGCUGACUCAGCAGAAAUUGACCCUACAGUGGUUGUUCCCAUCUCAGAUGACUUGCCACCAGGUGACCCUGUCCCAGCCGACUCAGCACCAGUUGACUCUCUUCCCAGUGACCUGGCUCCAGUUGAUCCUGUGCUAGUUAAAUCUAGGCCAUCUGAUCCCAGACGUGGUGCAGUGUCUUCAGUCCAGGGGAGUCCAGCUCCCCAGUUACUUCUGGAGUCAGAGUCCUUGGACCCCCUAAAGGCCAUCAUCCCCGAAGUCCGGGAGGUUGUGGGUCCUUUGAAGGUAGAAAGUAGUACCAGUGCCACAACCCAGGAAGCCAGACCUCGGCCUCUUAGCCUAUCAGAGUACCGGCGACGAAGGCAGCAGCGCCAAGCAGAUGCAGAAGAGAGGAGUCCCCAGCCCCCAGCUGGGAAGUGGCCUAGUCUCCCAGAGACCCCCACAGGGCUGGCAGACAUCCCUUGUCUUGUCAUCCCACCAGCCCCAGCCAAGAAGACAACUCUGCAGAGAAGCCCUGAGGUUCCUCCUGAGGCUUGCUUUGUGCCUAUGGGUCCCAGCCCUGCUUCUCCUAGUCCUGAGCCACCUGCAAGCAAACCUGUGGCCUCAACUCCCACUGAACAGGUGCCAUCCCAAGAGAUGCCACUACCAGCAAGACCUCCACCUCCUACUGUGCAGUCCAUGCCCUCCACAAUGCCCACUGCUUUGCCUUUUCCCCCAGGUGGGCUAGGCAUGACUCCCAUGAUGCCCCUUCCUACAGGUGGGCAAGGGAUCCCCAGUCUGCCCCCACCUCCCUUGCAGCCUCCCAGUCUUCCAGUGUCUAUGGGACCAGUGCCACCUGAUCCCUAUACUCAUUAUGCUCCUGUGCCACCCUGGCCUUGUUAUCCCCCUGUGUCCCCUUCUGGCUAUCCAUGCCUCCCCCCGCCACCAACAGUGCCCCUAGUAUCUGGUACUCCUGGCACCUAUGCUGUGCCCCCCACUUGCAAUGUGCCUUGGGUACCCCCUCCAGCCCCAGUCCCACCUUACAGCUCCAGCUGUGCCUAUGGGCCCUUGGGAUGGGGCCCAGGGCUGCAACACCCUCCAUUCUGGCCUUCUAUGCCACCACCUCCUUUGCCUCUGGCAUCUGUUGGGAGAGCUGCUCUCCCACCCAAGGUGGAGCCCAGUGGCAUCCCAGCUGGCCCUCCUGAAAGUGUACUUUCUGUGCCAAUGGCUCCUCCUCUCAGUCUUGGGUCAACUGGUCAGGGAGCUUUGCAGAUAGAGCCCACCAAGGUGGAGCCCACCAAGGUGGAAGUCAAGUCAGUGCCUGUGUCUCCUCAUCUGAAACCUAAGGUGUCCUCCCCAAUGCAAAGCCCCCAGAUUAAGGCUCCACCGUGUUUGUCUGCUGAGAGUGUGGAUGUUGAGGAGCCUGCAUCAGAGAGGCUAAAGCCUGAGAUCCAGGAGACAAGGCCCAGGGAGAAGCCCCCCUCUCCUGUUACCAAGGUUGUUCCUACACCCACACCAAAGCAGAGCACUGUAACUAAGGUGCCUGCUGUCCACCCAGCCCGUCUAAGGAAACUCUCCUUCCUGCCUACCCCACGGACUCAAGGCCCUGAGGACGUGGUACAGGCUUUCAUCAGUGAGAUUGGAAUUGAGGCAUCGGACCUGUCCAGUCUGCUGGAGCAGUUUGAGAAAUCUGAAGCCAAAAAGGAGUGCCCUCCCCCGGCUCCUGCUGACAGCUUGGCUGUAGGAAACUCAGGCAACGUUGACACUCCCCAGGAGAAGAGGCCCCUAGACCGGUUACAAGCCCCAGAACUGGCCAACGUGGCAGGGCUCACCCCACCAGCCACCCCUCCCCACCAAUUAUGGAAGCCCCUGGCUGCUGUUUCACUGCUGGCCAAAGCCAAAUCUCCUAAGUCCACCGCCCAGGAGGGAACCCUGAAGCCUGAAGGAGUUACAGAGGCCAAACAUCCAGCUGCAGCCUGCCUCCAAGAAGGGGUCCAUGGCCCUAGUCCAGUCCAUGUGGGCUCUGGGGACCAUGACUAUUGUGUCCGGAGCAGGACUCCCCCCAAAAAGACGCCUGCCUUAGUCAUUCCAGAGGUGGGCUCCCGAUGGAACGUCAAACGCCAUCAGGACAUCACCAUCAAACCCGUCUUGUCCCUGGGCCUGGCCGCCCCCCUGCCCCCACGCACAGCUGCCUCCCAGGAGCCACUUGAUCACAGGACUAGCAGUGAGCAGGCAGAUGCCCCAGCAACUUGCCUUGCCCCAUCCGCCUUGCUCUCCCCUGAGGCCUCACCUUGCCGGAAUGACAUGAACACUAGGACUCCCCCUGAGCCCUCAGCCAAGCAGCGGUCGGUGCGCUGUUACCGAAAAGCCUGCAGGUCGGCCAGCCCCCCAAGCCGGGGCUGGCAGGGCUGCCGUGGCCGCAGCAGCCGUUCUAUCAGCUCUGGGUCCGACCGGACCAGCGAAGCAUCUUCCUCCUCAUCCUCAUCGUCGUCUUCCUCAUCCCGGUCCCGGUCCCGGUCCCGGUCCCUCUCCCCCCCACACAAGAGGUGGCGAAGAUCCAGUUGCAGUUCUUCUGGACGUUCCCGAAGAUGCUCUUCCUCGUCCUCCUCCUCAUCUUCCUCAUCUUCCUCAUCUUCGUCAUCCAGUUCCCGAAGCCGGUCCCGCUCCCCAUCCCCCCGCCGGAGAAGUGACAGGAGGCGGAGGUACAGCUCUUAUCGUUCACAUGACCAUUACCAAAGGCAGAGAGUGCUGCAGAAGGAGCGUGCAAUAGAGGAGAGAAGAGUGGUCUUCAUUGGGAAGAUACCUGGCCGCAUGACUCGGUCAGAAUUGAAACAGAGGUUCUCUGUUUUUGGAGAGAUUGAGGAGUGCACUAUCCACUUCCGUGUCCAAGGUGACAACUACGGCUUCGUCACUUACCGCUAUGCUGAAGAGGCAUUUGCAGCCAUCGAGAGUGGCCACAAGCUAAGGCAGGCAGAUGAGCAGCCCUUUGAUCUCUGCUUUGGGGGCCGCAGGCAGUUCUGCAAGAGAAGCUAUUCUGAUCUUGACUCCAACCGGGAAGACUUUGACCCUGCUCCUGUAAAGAGCAAAUUUGAUUCUCUUGACUUUGACACAUUGUUGAAACAGGCCCAGAAGAACCUCAGGAGGUAACCCUGGGCCCUUCUCCCCCUUCCCUCUUUCUUUGGAGGUGUCCAACCUCCUCCACCCUCCCCUCCCCCAAUUUAGGGGAGAGAGCUGCUAGUGAGAUGACUGUUUUAUAAAGAAAUGGAAAAAAGUGAAAUAAAAAAUGUGUUAAAUCAGAUUUUUGAAGGGUUAUUUGUUUUUUUAUAACAGGCAUUGAAACAAGUUAACUUGGGGCUGAGGGGUUCCCCUGUGUUUGGAAGUUCUAAGGCACUAUGCAGACCAAUAAACACGAACUACAAACAA